GUCCUACUUGUUUGUGCACAGUAAUGGCACUGGCUACUGAACAUGACCGUCGAAUCGAUCCUUUCGACUGAUGAGUGAGUGAGGGUGGGGUUAGGUGUGUCUUUUCACCCACCACACUUGGCGAUCGAGAGUAUGAGCUACGCCACUCUCUCCUAAAAUAAUCUCGAGAGCUGGGAAAGAUCAAGAGCUGCCGAGUGGAGCGGUGGCAAGUUAGUAUGUAUAGAGGCGUUGCUUCAGCCUCGACAUUUUUCGCCGUUUCGCAGGAGGGGCAGCAAGAGCAGCCGCAGCAGCUCCAUGCCGAUCUUAGCCUGCUAUGGUAACGAUGACAGGCGAAGAGCAUGCAAAUUGGGGGUAUCUAUGGAGCAACCAAAUGCAGUGGAAGCAUCAAUUUGUUGCCGUGUCUCCAGGAAAGCUUCAAGUCUUCUCAUCAGAGCAGCGGGAUCAUCUAGAGAGAAGGAUUUUUCUGAAUGGGGGUACCACUGUUAAGAUUGUGGAUUCCACGGAGUCCGGCAAUGCCUCCCUCAAUAGCAGCUCCAAGUUACAUUUUUGGCGAAGGAUCAGCAGGAGGAGCUCUUGCACGAAUCAGUACUUGCCUGAGCCGGAGGGUGCGAUAGUUUUCAUCAAGACCGUCCAAGGAAAGAAGAUGUUUCUAUUAGUGUCAAACCAGCACGAAGCCGGAGUAUGGAAAACGGCGAUCGAGCAACGAAUUGUUCUUCCACCGAAACACAAACGAGCACAGAGUCUUUUACGGGCUUUGUCCCUAACUUCUGCGCCAUCAAAAAAUAAGAGCGUCGAUGAGGCAAGCCGUAAAACAAGACCGCUCGCUCUACGUUGGCAGGUCGGCAAUAAUCAACAUCCUGCUGAUGCACUGGAUACUCGUGAAGACUGUACAGCAUUUUUAAAAUCGAGAUACUCAAACACAAACGCGUUCGAAGCCGCCAUGACGAUGAUCGAGCAAUUCAAUGGGUUCUACCAGAUGGGAGACUGCCAGCUUCCAAACGAGCUGCGGAUUGAAGCGUGGAGAGGAACGCUACUUAGCAUAGUGCGCAACCUUCGUGAUCAACUCCUUACUCGGACCUCUGACUUGUCUGAAGACCAUUCCGAGAGCCUCUGGCUAGCCUGUGAGACGUGGGUUAUGGCUGCAGCGCAUGACAAGAUUAUGGGCGCCUGCGAGCAAAUGUACGCUGCUGAUGACAGGAAGCUAGCUCAGAAACUAUCAAAACUCAGACAGCUGGAUCCUUCGAUACUGGGAGUAAAUGCAGAUCUCAAGGAUAUCGCUUUUGGAGACGCAAUACAGGUGUUUGGAAUGAUCAACACUUGUCGCAGUCCCCUUGAAAAGGCGGUCUGCUUGAAGAAAACGAUCAACUUUGUGAUGGACGGAAUUCAAGCUAGUUCGUCCAAAGAGAAUCAGCUCUGUACAGACGAUCUUUUGUCACUCAUGCUGCUCUUGAUCGCACACGCCAAGCUCCAGCACUUGCAAGCUACUGCGUGUUACAUGGAAAACUUCUUCCAAAUGCGCGACGAUCAACAAACCGGUGAAUUGAGGUACCACAUCACAAACUUCGUGGCGGCCUGCGCAUACCUGUCGUCUCCAGAGAUCGAAGAGCUCGUCUCGAGCGUAGUGAUCUCUCCGGCAUCGUCAUCCUCCUCGUCAUCCUCCCCAAGCUCGUCCAAUUCCUCCUCCUCCAAAGGCGGCGGAGGAAGAUCCCGCAAAGAGAUCGACGCUGCCUUCGCCACCGGGACGAGCGAAUCCUCGCCAGAAUUUAUCCUCGCGCCAACUUACCUGUGAUUCAAAGGAUUCGUGGCGCUUGGGAUCCAAAGAGAGAAGAAAGAAAGAAAAAAUUCCUCUCUUUGCGCGAAAGUUCCAAAAGAAUGGGAGAACUUUCUUUGAUUUUACCACCACUUUAGUGGCGACACUAUGACGAUAA